GAAACCCCACCGCAGGUGUAUGUUUGUCUCUCUCAGACACUCACUCUUCCUGUUUCGAUUACCCCAUUCUGCUGUUGCUGCAACUUCACACCCUCUUUCUCUUUCUCAUUGGCAAUGCCGUCGGAAGAUUCGAAUAUCGUGAAAACAGAGGAGGAGAAUUCGGUUCCCAAGAAAACUGCAAAUGCCAAGAAAAAACCCGUUACCCCGGCGUCUCGCUCCAAUGCCAAGAAGGAACUCAAUUACAGCGACGACGACGACAUGCCCAUCGCUAAAAGAACCACCGUUUCCAAGGAGGUGAAGAAAAAGAAAAAUGUAAAGGAGGAAGAAGAAAAACAAGAGACGAAGAAGAAGGUUGCAGAGACACCCAAGAAGAGAGAGAAGAAGGUUUAUGAUUUACCUGGUCAGAAACGAGAUCCACCUGAGGAGAAAGACCCUCUUAGGAUUUUCUAUGAGACAUUGUACGAGCAAAUUCCCAGUAGUGAAAUGUCACAAAUUUGGUUGAUGGAAUCGGGGUUGCUUCCUAAAGAGACUGCUCUGAAAGUAUUCGAGAAGAAGCAAAAGAAAGGUCUGCAUAAGCUCACUUCUCCAGUUAAGGCUGUAGCUGUUGUGAAGAGCAGCACAAAAUCUGUUACAGUUACGAAAAAAAGUACACCCUCCCCUGCACCUUCCCUUACAAAGAAGGCAACGAACUCCGCAUCAAAGGCGCCGCCCAAGAAGAGAAAAUCUGAGUCGAUAAGCUCCGAGGAUGAUGACUCUGAUUAUGGCACUGGUUCAAAAGCACCAGCAAAGAAGAGGAAAAAAGUAGCUUGAUUAUGCUCUUCAUUGACGCCGAUAAAAUCCUUGGAUACUUCUACUACCAUUUGUUUCUGCUGACAUAACUUAGGUCUUUAAGAGUGCACAUGGCGUUUACAGAGCAUUUAGUUUAGUGUUUAGCACUUGUGUAUGGCCCCUUUGAGACUAUGCCGUAAACCUUAAAUUCAUCAUUGAUUCAAAUACUGAACCCUUUUCUAUGUUGUGUUUUACUUUUGUUUAAA